UUGUUGUUGGUAGGCAAACAACGCAUCGGGUGACUCGGUCGGUUGGGUGGUUUAAAGCAGGUGCAAGGUAUUUAAAACAGGAACAGUGUAACAGUGCCAAUGAUGACAAGCAACACUUGAUCGUAAAAAUAAACUUCCAACCAAUCGAAAAACGUGGACGGCAGCACUAACAGGAACAAAACCCGUGCUCCUCGAUUGGAGUAGAAGCGAAAACAAAACAAAAAAACAAACACUUUAACAUUACACCAUCCAAGAGCGGUAAAAAUGGAUGUUUCCUUGGGUUGCGUGAAGCGGGUUGGCGCCACAACGUGCUGGGCUUUGAUGUUCGAUUUGCCAGCUUCCAGCAGCUCCAUCGCCCAUCAACAUUAAAUCAUUCCGUUUCCCUUUCGACAGUGUCGCUUUUAAUUAGUUCGUUUUGAACACGGGUGCCAAAGCAACAGAUUAAUUGCCCUUCAGAAUCUAAGCGAAGUGGAUUGGCGCGCUCGAGAGCGAGAUCGAGAAAGAGUGGAAGACCCUAAGCGUCCGCCGAACAAUUAGCCGCCUCGUGCAGGAUGUGACAGAUUGACACAAUGCGCAGGUGACAUCGUGGUGAUGCAACACGCGAUCGACGCACGGCCAAGAUUAACAUAUGAGCCCGCGAAAGUCCGAACGUGAGCGUAUUAAUCGUGGGAAAGUGAAUCAACGGAAGUGGAUAGAGAAAACGGGGUCAUUCGGAAGAAUAACUUAUGUUCAACGACCUUGCGCUAACGGAAACCCCUACGGCUGAACGACGUGUUGUUGUUAUCGCGGUGGAAUGUGCGCUGUUAGAAAGGUGUGAAGAACUGGCCACUUGCUACACAUCACGACUGGGUUGCUACCAACACGGAUUGCUCACAAAGUUCGAAGAUCACUAUGGGCUCGAUCGAUCAUGGGACGUCGCGGAUCGGAUUGGAGACCAUCGGUAGACGAGCUCCAUCGAAUGGCAGGAUGAAGGUUUCACUGUACAUAAUAUUAAUCUCGAUCUUGCUCAGCAAGCACUACGCGUUAUCGCACAUAAUCAGGAAACGGCAGCUCUUCCGCGAGCAAGUGCUGCCGCACGCCGGAGGCAAAAUACCAGAUUCUGCGUUUCUAACCGAUCGCCUUGCACUGAACCGACUGCAGAAGGAUGGCAUCGCCGUCCCGGACGGUGUACUGCUCGAGCAGCGUCAGUAUCAGGUGUACCCGCACGCACAUCGCUCCACCAGGCCAACGUUCCGCGUCGUCCAAACGCCGGACAAUCGGUACACGUCGCCGGAGGGAGAGUACAACCACAACGCGCUGGCGACGGUCGACACGACGUACCUGAUUCCGCACGCCGGUGACAAAUUGUUGCUGCAUGAUCAUCCUCAGCAUCAGCAUCAUCGGCAGGCGCAUUACGCCGUCCCGAAGGCACCGAUACUGAAGGAGUUCCGGUUACCGAACUAUGCCCUGUUUAAUUUCGACUACAAAAAGAAGAAGGUUCCCCUGGGACAGGUGCCUCACUCCACGUUCAAACACUAUGGCCAUCCGCUGAAGCUGGAUGGUGGAUGGCCGCAGCGAUUACCUCAAGACUUUGUGAGCUUCCAUGCAGCUGUCGGUAAUGGUCACAAUUAUCCAUCAGCCCAUCCCGUCGCACCGGCAGCGUACGGUAGCGAUAGUGGCUGGCACAGUGGCUGGAUACCGUCCUCCGGUGGGCAAUCUGGCGAGUCGUUUUCAGCGCAACAAACGCUUGGCAGUUUCGAGGACUAUUACAGUCAGUUGAACGAUAAGCACCGCUUCUACCGUAACGUGGGCGAACCGAAACUCGCGGCCAGCCCGAGCCCAGCACCGAAGCCCGGCACCAUAUUGCAGCGUGACCGUCAACGUGGCCAUCCGCAACGCCAUCAAGCUUAAAAUUGACUUCCUGUGACGGGGACUGGGAUCGUGGAUGCUGUCGUCAUCCGCUUGCUCGCGUUGGUCGUCGUCGUCGUCGUCGGCGCGGAAGUGUAGUAUAUGGUAGCGUAGCAUAACUGGCGCAAGAUGAUUCCAUUCAUUCAUCCAUUUCACCGUACAUUAGACAUAAGGACGUUGCGGGAGCUGCGAUAGCCUAUCUAAAGGACUCCUAGGGCGGGCCGGUACGCGGGCCACUACCUGCUACCGGCUGAUGGUGAGAUUAAUAGAGUGAUUGACGGGAUCAAACGCCAAAACACCGGCCACCGAGAGGCGGCACUGCCACGUCCGAAGUGCUCCGAGCGCUCCGAACAAUAAACACGCAAAAGAACGUUUGCUUUUGGCGCGCUGGAGAUUGUGAUUAGAUAAGUGACCAUAAAGAAAAUAAAAAGAGAAUGUUCAAGUACACGCCACCGAGUAGUAGCGCGAGAUGGGUGAAAUAAUAAAGCA